UAGCUCCUUGGUUGAGCGUUCCAAUUCUCCCAUUCAUUUAAAUACAAGUGGCCCUUCUCUGCUAAAUACACUCUGGUUGAAGACGUCAAGUUGCGGUUGGUAUAACAGUGUGGACAUGGAGGACACAUUGCUGUGGAUUCUGGCCGUGUUGUUACUUCUGUUCUGCAGUCUGGAUGUGUGGUAUUAUUUACGUGUAGUGGUUGUGUUGACCAGAGCCUGGUUCCUCUCACCUGUAUUUGACAUCACAGGGGAGCAGACUGUCAGCGGGCGAGUCCUUCUCCAUGACAUUGACCUAUGCCACAUGAACAAUGCCCGCUACCUACGCGAGUGUGACUUUGCCCGUUUUUCUCUAUACGCCCGCAAUGGGGUGUUCAAGGCUUUAAGAGCCCUGCAAUGUACCAUGGUUGUUGGGGCAACUACCAUCCGCUACCGACGGCCAUUGUGUGUGGGUGAGGCAUUCAAGCUGUGCAGUCGAAUCGUCACUUGGGACGAGAAGUCGUUUUACCUAGAGCAGCGGUUUGUGUCUUGUAAAGAUGGAAUAGUCUGUGCCAUCAUGUUCUGCAAACAGAAUGUCCUGCGUAGCAGUCCGGAGAAGAUCCUGCAAUAUCUGUGCAAAAGGAAGGUGGAAGUUCCGGAAUUUCCUGAAGACCUGCAGCACUGGAUUAAUUUCAUUUCUGCCAGCAGUAAAGCACUCCGAGUAGAAAGUGGGAUGGAUGACAAAAAGAAUGAAUAAGGGCUCAACAGGACCUAUUUCCAUAACUGAACUCUUACAAGACGGUUUACAAGAUCAAGAAUCUUUCUGCUGGACACAUACAGUAAUAGUGUCUUAGUGUUUGGAUACUGUAAUGCAAAAUAAAAAUGUGAACUUG